AUGUCUCCCGCGCUGACCUCAUAUCCGUCCUUCUCGCUCCCAUUCCCCGACGGCAACCGCUCCUUCAGCAGGCUCUCUCUCAAUCCCGUCUCUUCGGGGCCGACGCAUUGGUCUGCCCCCUGGAGAGUAGGAUUGCCCACGCCUCCCGCCGACAUGAACGGCGUGGCCUACAACAGAAACAGCUCUGCCUAUGCUAAGCAGUACCACCCUCAUGUGCAUCAAUAUGCGAAUUCCAAUGCAAAUGCAAAACCGGCAAGUCGAGUGCCGCUUGCCAACACCGUCUCGAAUGCCGCUCCCAACUAUCUCCCCCCGUUGAACAAGCAGGCGUCUACGUCAAGCGUUGUGUCUGAUCCAAAGAGUCACAAGAGAAGCGAGAAGGAGUCGGUGCCCUCGUAUUCGCAGGUUCCGGCCUCGAUCAGCAAGAAUGGCGGAAGUCUCUCGGACUUUGCUGCUCAGAUUGCCUGUCUGUUCUGGUUCGAAAAGACCUCAAAACUAAAGGCAAUCGAGGAUUCCAUGCUCCAGAAGUAUUCCCUUGUCCCGGAGGCGUUUCCAACGCUCGGGUUCCAGAAAUGGGUUUCCACUGUGCUGUCUACCACCCAGGUCAGCCAGAACGUGAUUCUGCUCGCCCUUUUGUUCAUAUAUCGUCUCAAGAAGUUCAAUCCGGGCGUUCGUGGCAAGAAAGGGAGCGAGUUUCGUUUAAUGACGAUUGCGUUGAUGAUGGGUAAUAAGUUCCUCGAUGAUAACACCUAUACCAACAAGACGUGGGCCGAGGUGUCGGGGAUUACGGUUCAAGAAAUUCAUAUCAUGGAAGUCGAAUUUCUGAGUAAUGUCCGAUAUAACCUAUUUGUCUCCAAAGAAGAAUGGAGUCAGUGGCACUCCAAGCUUGGUCUUUUUGCCGACUUCUUCGACAAAGCUGCUCGUAUGCCAGUGGAAAACGAGCUCGCACCGACUACUCCAAUUCUCCAGAUUUCACCUACGGAUUCUUCCUUCCGAAACAAUAUUACCAUAUCUCCAGCCUCAAAAUUGCCUUCGCCACCCAACACCAAUCCGCUCCAUUCUCAACCUCCACCACCCCAGCUUCACUCCGCAUGGAACCCGACUUCUACCUCUACUAAUACCCAUGCUGCUGCGACGAUGACAACUACCCCAUACAGAUUAAACACCCCGCCCCGACCAACCCUUAAUUUCGACUUUCCACCGUACUCCCGCAAACGCAGCUGGGAGGACGAGGUCGACGAGCACCCAAGCAAACGAGUUGCUGUUCCUAACAACUACUCGGCACCAAUGCCCACUCUGCCCAUUUCUACUCCAGCCUCUGUGCCGGUUCUCCCGCCGGUCGUUAGCAGCAUGCCUCUCUCCGUCCCUUCACUAGCGAUCCCAAUGCCUCGUCUAUCUCAUCCCACAAACUACCAAGCGCCGUCGAAUUCUCUCGUCCCUCCUGCGUUGCCUACCACCACCGCAGUAUCCCAACAACUCCCUCGACCCCAGGUGCGGGCGAUGUCGACAGUGUUCAAUCCAACAACGACAUGGUCUCAACCAAUGCCUCCCGCAGCAACAGUGGCUCCCGUCAUACCCGCGAUUCCAACGUCGAACCCGAUGACACUGUACAAUCCGUCCGUGUCUCUGCCCGAUCCUAGUCGGCGCCAAAGUCCGUAUUCAGCCGCGACUUCUACAGAUACUGCCUCUCCAUCGUCUGCGUUUCCCGUGCAUACGCCCCAAAACCACCUCUCACCGUCGUUCUUCCUUGUCAAUCGCAACUCGCCGUACCGCCCAGUACGGGCCGUUAACACUCUUCUCAUUCCGCCUCCGUCUGCGUCUCUGCAUCAACAUCGCCAUUUGUCGAUGGAUCAAAUGCACUACCAGCCUUUGGGCAAGACACUGAAUGAACGUCGAACGGGGGUGCUUCCUUAUCUGCAUCAUGACGCACUUUCUAUUCCGCAACCCAACUUUCUUCCUAGUCAGACAUAUUGA